AUGCCAUUUAGCCUUCAUACAAGGCUAUUUAAGAGGAAGGACAAGGGUAUAGAUCGAGAUGAGAGAGACACUGAACGCGACGUUCUGUCCCAGCCAGAUGCUCCAAUUGACACGAGCCAAUUUGGGAUGUUCAUUCUCGAGGAUAAGCCAUCCGACUUAGCUAAAGCCGUGGAUGUAGUUGCCGUCCAUGGUCUGAAUGGUCAUUAUCUCAAUACCUGGACCGCAACGAAUGCGGCGGGUCAGAAAGUGGUCUGGCUGAAAGACCUCUUGCCCAAACAGCUUCCAGACGCUCGAAUCAUGUCUUAUGGCUACAAUUCCGCGCUUCAGUUCAGCAAAAGUGUAGCUGGGAUCGGGACGUUUGCUGAGCAACUUCUUGAGGACUUGCGCUCCUGGAGGGGAACCCAGGCCGAGCGCGAUCGACCCAUUAUUUUCAUCUGCCAUAGCCUAGGAGGCCUCGUGGUCAAACAAGCUCUAGUCCGAGCUCACGAGCGAGAUCGUUUCUCGAGCCUCCUUGCGCAUGUUUGUGGUAUUGCCUUCUUUGGCACGCCACACCGAGGGUCGGAUCUCGCCAGCUGGGCUGCCAUGAUGGGCAAUUUAUUGAAGGCAGCAAGCUUUGGAACAAGUACCAAUACGAAAUUUGCGAAAGAAUUGACAAGUAGAUCAGAGGUCUUGGAAAAUAUCUCAAAGUCAUUUGUGGAACGAGGAAAAGGGCUCAAAAUCUUGAGUUUCUACGAGACAGAUAGACUGGAGAAUCUCAACUGCCUUGUCGUUGAGAAGCAGUCUGCAACGCUGGACCUGCCGAACGAGGCGCCUAUUGCUUUGAGUGGCAAUCAUCGAUCCAUCUGCAGGUUCGCCUCGGAAAACGAGCAGAGAUAUCGUACUGUAUGGUCUAAUCUGCAGGAAAUGAUCACGACGGUCAUCAUUAAUGAGACUUUAACAGAAGCAGAGACUGCAUGCCUUUCGGCUUUAUAUAUCAGUGAUUACGAAGGACAUCGUGAUCGCAUUGAACGUCCGCUCCCGGGGACAUGUGCAUGGAUCCUCAACCAUCCCAAGUACAAAGAAUGGCUCCAGAUAAAAGAGUCGAGCAUGCUAUGGGUCUCUGCCGAUCCGGGAUGUGGAAAGUCUGUCUUGACCUCGUUCUUGGUUGAUGCUCAGGCUUCUGACAACACUCGCGCCACCAUCUGCUACUUCUUUUUCAAGGACGACAACGACCAGCAACGAAGGUCAAAUUACGCGAUUGCAGCCAUCCUUCAUCAGAUAUAUACGUCGCAGCCUGGCUUGAUCAAACAUGCGUUGAAGUGGCAUCAGGCCAAAAAACUUUCUGCCUCCGUCAGCUUUGCAAACUUGUGGGCGAUUUUCCUUGACACAGUGGAAGACGAGCACGCACGGGACAUCGUAUGCCUUAUUGAUGCUCUUGACGAGUGCCAAGCAGCAUCUUGUGAAGAAUUCAUGGCCGCCCUGGUCACUUAUAUUUCAUCAUCGGCAAGCCAGCGUCGAUCUCGGUCGUCUAGCCUCAAGGUGCUGGUCACAAGCCGACCAGAGAACUCCAUCAAGCGAGGUUUCCAAAAGCUUCCAAGGAUUCGGCUGAGAGGCGAGGACGAAACAGACUCUAUAAGCAGAGAUGUUGCAAUGUUGGUCCAAGCCAACAUCGACCAACUUCAAGACGCGGGAUUGCCCCAAGGAUUACUGGCGAAUCUUCAGAAGCAACUCAUCGAGGGGGCCGAUCGCACUUUCCUCUGGGUCACAUUGAUCAUUCAACUUCUCAAGGACGCUUCAGAGUCAGGCGCAUCUCAGAACCAGCUUGAUGCUAUCAUUCGGAGUCGCGACAUCGAUGAGGUUUACAAUCGUCUCCUGUCCCGCAGUGCUGCACCCCUGAAAGCCAAAUCGAUGCUGCAGAUUGUUCUGGCAGCCACUAGUCCUUUGAGUUUAGAUGAGUUGUCUGUCGCAACAGCUAUUGGCUGGAAGCACAAGACAUUGAAGGACUUGGAAGGCGAUCUCAUCUAUCCUUUCGACAACUAUAUUCGUACUCUUUGUGGCAACUUCCUCCGCAUUGUCCAGGGGAAGGUAUACCUGGUUCACCAAACUGCGAGGCAAUUCUUGCUCAAGCCUCAUCGAUCCGAAGCACCUGAAGCUGUGGUAGACGCUGGACUCCGAGAUCUGGAAUCUGAGACAAAAUACGGCAGGGCCGCUUUGGAGGAGCUGCUCGAUGAAGUGGUUCCAGGCUUCCAAAUUGACGAUGGAGAAAAAUACAAAAAUGUCGGUGUCCAGAAGCUCGAGGUCGCUCGUUUCUCCGAAGAUUUCAAGAGCAAAGUCCUCGAUAAGGUUGGGAGGAUUCUCGCCGAGGUCAAUGUGCUGGACGAAUCCUCAUUCGUACAAAACAACAUCACAAAGAUACUUACCGGCGUCAAAAAGAAGGAAGACGAGAAACUGUGUCUACAAAAACUUCAAACGCUACUCAAUGAAGCAAGGGAAAAGACUGCCAGGAGGAAAUAUCGCGAGGUCACAACGGCAUUCGAGAAACCGAAGAAGCCGGACAAACAAGCGAGGUAUACCAAACCAUUAAGGUCUACCAAACAAGGAUUUUUCAAUCAAUCAAUGUCUCUGUCCGAAGCACAUUACUACCUGCUAAAGGCCUGCAUCCACUUUCUCUGCCUCGUGCCAACCGACUCCCAGAGAUCAUUUCUCGGCUCGACAAUAAAAUGGACAAGUACAUCAAUGGAACUCUUCUCCACCUACGCAGCAAGUGCCUGGCCAAUACAUUACAGCGAAAGCAGGAGCGAGCAAAGCACUCCGACAAUCGAACUGUGCAAAGCGCUCUGCUCACCCUCCUCCCCCGCUUUCUCCUUCUGGACAACCCACAACGAACUCUACAGCCUGAAAUUCCCGCCGGGCCGCAUGGACAUCAAGGGCGAGAGCACCGACCACGGCAGCGAGGUGUCGAAGACCUUCCUGGGACUCAUCGUCCCCAGGCAAGCGAUCUUCGACGAGAAGCACGUAGGAAACUAUGAUCUCGUACUAGAGGCCCCAGACAGUGAUGUGGAGGAAGAUGAUGAUGAUGAUGAUGACGAAGAUGGUGCUGGUGCACAAAUGAGCUGGAAGAAGAAGAAGAAGAAGCGGACAGAAGCCGAACAGUGCAGUUUCGAGGGCCAGGAGCACCUGGGCUAUUCGUAUCGCUUUCGGGAGUAUAGGAAGGCGGAGAUGAGAUCGUCUGAUUCGAUUGUGACUUCUGGGGGAUACAUCCCGAACAGCUUUUUGGAGCAGUCGAUGCAUGAAGCACUUGGCAAAACUCUAGAAUCUCACAAGUGA